GCUCGUCUCUGGCCUCAGUAUUCGCACAGUCUGUGCAUUGUGAGCGCUUGUUAAUUAACACAGAGUAGCAACACAAGGAAAGUACAGGGAGCAUUUCUAGGAAACCAAAUGCAUUAAAUCGCCAAGAAGAUAGAGGAUCACAGAAGCCUUUCCUUUCGUGAGAUCUGAGACGGUAAUCCUUGGCCGAUGCUGUCGACGAUAUUUGCCCGCUUCUGUAAGACCGACGACGGUUGAAGUCCUGCACUGCUUACUACCGGACGUGGCACCGCACACGCACCAUGCCCCAUCCCGUGAAGGAUUAUGUCACCAGGGUGGCCUCCUUUGACGAGGAAAAUUUUCCAGAAUGGGACCUAGCGACCCCGCUUCCAAAGCUGCCUGUCCCGGAUCUCCGUCGCACUAUGGAUAGAUACUGUAAGGUCCUAAAGCCCAUUAUACCCGAGGACCAGUACAAGAGGGUAGAGGAGCUAGUAACGGACUUCUGCAAGGACGGGGGUGAGGGCGAGUAUCUGCAGACGAAAUUGAAGGAACUUUCAAAGGAACAAAAUAACUGGGCUUAUAACUGGUGGUUGGACGAUAUGUAUAUGAAAGCCAGGCUCCCUCUACCGGUCAACUCCAACCCAGGAAUGGUGUUCCCUCGGGUACAUUUCCAAGAUCAGAAAGAACACUUUAGGUUUGCGGCACGACUGAUAUCCGGAAUUUUAGACUAUAAAACUAUUAUUGACGCGCGAGGGUUGCCAGUGGACAGGGCUAACCACUUAGAGAAAGGGCAGCCUUUGUGUAUGGAGCAAUACUAUAGACUGUUCUCCAGCUACAGGAUACCUGGCGUUAAUAAAGACACGCUCGUGACUCCUAGUGGAAAACUGCUGCCGGAACCAGAACAUAUUAUUGUUAUAUGCAGAAACCAGUAUUUUGUGUUAGAUGUGAUAGUGAACUUUAUGCGGCUGAGCGAGGACAAUCUCCACUCUCAGUUGGAGCGGAUAAUGAAAGAAGCGAUAGCUGGGGAGGGCGAGGCCAACAACGAGAUGGUGGGGCUGCUCACCAGUGCUGAUAGGGACAGCUGGGCCAGGGCGAGGAUGAGACUCAUGCAAGAUUCCACCAAUCGAGAUUCCUUAGACAUGAUAGAGCGCUGUAUAUUCAUUCUCAGUUUAGACAAGGGAAUCCCGUUGUCCUUCAACCAUCAGAACAGUAUUGACGAAACGUCUAUGAAUCUUCGUGACGACGUGUCCCUGGCGUGCCAGAUGCUACACGGUAUGGGGAGCAAACUGAACAGUGCCAAUAGAUGGUUUGACAAGACCAUGCAGUUUAUCGUAUGCGAAGAUGGCGCUUGCGGAUUGAACUACGAGCAUUCACCGUCAGAGGGCAUUGCUGUCAUCAAACUAAUAGAACAUUUACUGACGUAUAUGGAAGAAGUUCGAGUGAAGAAGCUGGUAAGAAUGCAUUCUCUGUGCGAGUUACCGUAUCCCAGAAAGCUGCACUGGAAACUCACCCCAGAGACCGCGCAGGACAUUGCCGCGGCCGAUGUUCACCUUAACAAAAUCAUAUCAAAUCUCGAUUUAUUUGUGCUACGAUAUGAAAAGUUUGGUCGAGAUUUCCCCAAAAGUCAAAAGAUGAGCCCAGAUUCAUUCAUUCAACUAGCCCUCCAGUUAACACAGUACAAAGUCCACGGUCGGCUAGUGUCUACGUACGAGAGUGCUUCCACGCGCCGCUUCCGUGAAGGAAGGGUGGAUAACAUCAGGGCCAAUUCUGUCCAGGCGCUGGCCUGGGUAAAGACUAUGACGGGGAAGGUAACAGCCACGGACGAAGAAAAAAUGACACUAUUCCGAGAGGCUUUAGAGUCGCAACAAGAAUUUAUGAUACAGACAAUCUUGGGUCACGGCAUAGACUGCCAUCUACUGGGCCUGAAGGAACUGGCGUUGGAGUUGGAGCGUCCACUCCACGAACUUUUUACCGAUGAGACCUACACGAUUGCCAAUCAGUUCCCCCUCUCCACCAGCCAGGUUCCCACAAGUAUGGAUGCCUUCAUGUGCUACGGCCCUGUGGUCCCAGACGGCUAUGGCUGCGCCUACAACCCGCACCCAGACUACAUCCUUGUCGCCAUCACGUCCCUCAAGGACAGCGAAAAGACGAGCUCCGAUUUAUUCGGUUAUACGCUGGAAGGGUGUUUUAAUGAAAUGUACGAGCUCUGUAUGAGACUUAACCCUACCCAGACAGUGCCAGUGGAAAUAAAAAAUGGCUCAAACGGUGUUGAGAAACCGAUGUCCUCGCAGAAGUCGAGGCUUGUACGUCAGAAGGAAGCGUGUUCUGAGUCGCCUCCACAAAAUGGGAUAUGAAUAUGAUUAACUCAAGGAACAGACGUAAUUGCGUAAAAUAUAAGGCUACAAGUAUGACAGUAAAACGAGCUGUUGCAAAAUGCCAAAUGUUAUGGUGUUAAAGUAGCAAUAUUAAUGUGGUGUUUUGGAUGUGGAAACCAGAUAGGACACCUUAUUAAACGUAGAAAAUAUUACUGAAGAGAAUAUGACUGUUUGUUUUAUCGCACAGGGUACAGUAGUAGCGUAACGUAGAAUUUUGACGCUUAGGUCUAGUGCUACAUGUACUUGUAUAUACUGUGUUAGAAACAGAUCACUCCAAAGUGCCAAGUUUAAAUACACCUAGGUGAGACCUCUGCAAUAUUGUACAGAAGCCUUUAGGUGAAGAAAUGUUUGGUGUGUUUUGAAAACAUAUUUAUGAUAAUGAUGAUAAAAAUUAUGUAUCCAUGGAACGUAUAUAAAUAACCUUGCAUGCAUAUUAAAUAUGCAUUUUGUGUUUAUCUUUUGUGUAAACAAAUGAUACGUUACUGCAUAAUAUUUUUGAGCACCGUGUUAUGUUUCUUGAGAGAGAGAGAGAGAGAGAGAGAGA